UGGACCCUGACGCGUCUCGCGAUAUUGCACUUUAGCAGCGUCACGUACAACCAUACACAUCACUCACUUGUGUCACUUCAAAUACACACAUACAAGAUGGCACCUUCGAUACUCGAGCCGGUCAUCUCGGCGACACCCCCGUCAGAAUCUCAGAAUGGCACCAAGACAGAUGCACUAGUAAACGACACACCGAAGGCAGACCCCUCUCACGAAGAAUACCAGUAUCUGCGUUUGAUACGCGACAUCCUCAACAAUGGCGAGCACCGUCCAGACCGAACAGGGACAGGAACAUACGCAAUCCCUUUCCCUGCCCAAAUGAAGUUCACCUUGUCUCGACCAUCCUCCGACGCCAACGCACCGCCAGAGCUCAUCCUGCCCCUCCUCACAACCAAGCGCGUGUUCCUGAGAGCUGUGGUCGGAGAGCUCCUCUGGUUCAUCGCAGGAUCCACACACUACAAGUCGCUUCAAGAAGCCGGCAUCAAGAUUUGGGACGGCAACGGUUCGCGCGCAUAUCUGGAUAGUGUCGGCUUGACACACCACGAGGAGGGGGACCUGGGGCCUGUCUACGGUUUCCAGUGGCGACACUUCGGGGCAGAGUACAAGGGUCAUGCUGCAGACUACACAGGGCAGGGCGUCGAUCAGCUGGCAGAAGUCAUCGACAAGAUCAAGAACCGCCCAUACGACCGAAGAAUCAUCCUUAGCGCAUGGAACCCUGCAGAUCUCAAGAAGAUGGCCCUGCCGCCCUGCCACAUGUUCGCACAAUUCUACGUGUCCUUUCCAAGGCAAAAGGAGGGCGAGACGGAGAAGCCCAGGGGCGUGCUGCACUCACUGCUGUACCAGCGUUCCUGCGAUAUGGGACUGGGAGUGCCGUUUAACAUUGCUUCGUACGCAUUGCUAACACACAUGAUCGCGCAUGUUUGCGACCUCACACCGGGCACCUUCACACACACAAUGGGCGACGCACAUGUAUACUGCGACCACGUUGACGCACUCAACACCCAGCUCACAAGAGAGCCGCGCGACUUUCCGACCCUUAAGAUCAACAGACCAGUGGGCGGCAGCAUCGACGGGUGGAAGGCUGAGGAAAUGGAGGUGCUGGGGUACAAGCCGCACGGAGCUAUUGCAAUGAAGAUGAGUGUAUAGCAUUGUUAUGAUUUGCAGGAUUCCAUGCUCCACCAGACAUGUACAUGAGAACGCACGAAUCCAAAUGUU